AUGCUUUUCAAAUUUUGCCUUCUUUUCGCCUGCCUAGCCGUUGCUUAUGGAACAUCAACUAAAAUCUUAGUCAACAACAAAGUUUGGGUGACCGUACCUGUAGAUGCCAGAAAAGCUGCUGGCUGGCAGUGCACAGCUUGUGGAGUUCUGUACAACGUCGUAAUGGUCGCUGAGGAUCUUGCUGCAGGUCCGUUGACAGCCGCUUUAGAAACCGCCUGCGCUGCAACUGGUCCUGCUGCGGUUGUCUGUGAAGCACUGGUACCGUUUGUCGUAGGUGCAGUUGAGCAAUACGGCAAAAAGCUUACUCACGAUCAGCUUUGCAAGAAAAUUAUUAAGGCUUGCUAA